AUAAUCAAGGAUUACUCUAUCAAUCACCAUCUACUUCAGAGAUACCUCCUGAAACAUUUUUCAAAUACAAAAGUUCAGUAUCUUCCCACGAAUUAGUGAAUUAGGAAGCAUUCCUUUGUAGAGAAUAACAAACAGCAAAUUAAUCUUCCUAAAUUGCAUUUCAUCGUAAAUGUGAACUACUUAUACAAAUAAAAAUACAAAUCAAAAUGCGGGAGAUAAAAAAGAUGCAGGGUCGUUUGUCUGCUUGGCUAGUCAAGCAUGGACUAGUUCAUAGAUCUUUGGGCUUCGAUUAUCAAGGAAUAGAGACUUUACAAAUAAAGCCUGAGGAUUGGCAUUCCAUUGCUGUCAUUUUAUACGUAUAUGGUUACAAUUAUCUACGUUCCCAAUGUGCUUAUGAUGUAGCACCCGGUGGACUGUUAGCUAGUGUGUAUCAUCUUACGAGAAUAGAGUAUGGUGUAGAUCAAACGGAAGAGGUAUGCAUAAAAGUAUUUGCCCCGAGGAGUAAUCCUCGAAUUCCAUCUGUUUUCUGGAUUUGGAAAAGUGCGGAUUUUCAAGAACGGGAAUCUUAUGAUAUGUUGGGAAUAUGUUAUGAUACUCAUCCACGACUUAAACGCAUCUUAAUGCCUGAAAGUUGGAUAGGAUGGCCCUUACGUAAGGAUUAUAUUGCCCCUAAUUUUUAUGAAAUACAAGAUGCUCAUUGAAUGAUAAGAAACUAAUCCUCAUUUCUAUAACUCCAUAUAUUCAAGGAGUAUUUGUAUGUUCUCUUCGAAAUCAAACGGAGUAAUUGAAGUAUCAUUCGUAAUAUGGAUGUGCUAAAUAAAAAAGACAAUACAAUUAGGGAUUCAUUGAAAUUCUCAAAUUUGGAGUAUACUUCUUUCUUUUUAUUUUGGAGCCAAUAGGAUGAAUUAAAAGAGUUCCACAUUAUGAACUUUGUACCGCGCACAUAACUUACACGCACCAUAGAAGGUCGCGUAGGAGAGAAUGAAUAAAUAGAAUAUGAAAAAAGAAAAUAACAAGAAAGCAAAGGGAUCGAAUUCUAUUUGUACUGUAUCUCAGAUCCAUCUUGGCUAUUCCCAUCCAUUAACUCCUUGAGACUAGACCUUUGCUUGGGUCUUUCAACCAACUAAUUGAACCUUUCAUAUAUGUAUGAAGUAUUCAUAUUUUGAAUUUGAACGAGAGGAGACACAGUCUGAAAUGAACAAAAGAAAUCAAAAAGAAGAGAAAAGAGAAUCUAAUUUGGAUAUUUUACGUAUAGAUACUUUUUAUAUUCUACUCUUUCUAGAAAUUUUCCUCAGCUAUAGCUAUAAAAUAAAGGAAUAUAGUUCCAGAUACCUAGAUGGGUAAGGAUGUAUCAUGAUCUAUACUAUUAAUGAAUAUGUAUGUCGAUCCAUAUCAAUUAAGUUGUAGAUAUCAAUUUCAUUUAUGGAAUAGAUACUUAUACAAAUUAAGUAUGUGCCAGGAACCAGAUUUGAACUGGUGACACGAGGAUUUUCAGUCCUCUGCUCUACCAGCUGAGCUAUCCCGACUAUUCCUUACACAUCAUUCUCAUUUUACUAGAUGACUUGGUUCUAUGUCAAUUAAAAAGACGAAAGGGGUAGAAAAAGUCUUAUCCAGGCCCUAGAAUUUUUUGGAUUUUCAAAAUAUAUAUAUAUAGGAUAGAUCGUUAAUUUAAGGGGUCAAAUGGUCCUUUUUUGGGGAUAGAGGGACUUGAACCCUCACGAUUUUUAAAGUCGACGGAUUUUCCUCUUACUAUAAAUUUCAUUUUUGUCGGUAUUGACAUGUAGAAUGGGACUCUAUCUUUAUUCUCGUCCGAUUAAUCAGUUCUUCAAAAGAUUUAUCAGACCAUGGAGUAAAUGAUUAAAUCAAUGAAUAUUCGAUUCUUUCUUCAACUUAGAAUUGAUUCACAACAAUUCUUUUCUUUUAAAAAAUUCCCGUCGUCAUUAAUCAUUUGAGAUAGUAUUCAGUACGUAUACGUAUGUACAUAGAUUUCUCCUUUCCCUUUCUCGAGUUUCGAGAAAAAGAUUCCUUUACCAACGCAACGUGGGCAACUCCCUUUGUUAGAACAGCUCCCAUUGAGUCUCUGCACCUAUCCUAUUCUUUUUUUAUUCUCGCUUUAUGAACCCUUAUUGUUUUGUUGGUUUUCGUAAAACAGGAUUUGGCUCAGGAUUGCCCAUCUUUAAUUCCAGGGUUUCUCUGAAUUUGAAAGUUGUCACUUAGUAGGUUUCCAUACCAAGGCUCAAUCGAAUUAAGUCCGUAGCGUCUACCAAUUUCGCCAUAUCCCCCUUUUAUUUAUGCGGAAAUCCUGCAUUUAUUCGAAUUAGAUACCGAUUUUUUCUUUUUCUAUAUAAACCAUAGAAAAAAGCGUUUCUUGUUCUUUGAAUUUCUUGCCUAUCUUCUUUAAUCUCUAUCGGAGACCUACAUUUGAUCCAUCAGAAAUAAUUCUAUUAUUUCUGUAUCCGCAAUUCAAUAUGGAUGGAUAUUAUAUAUAUCAUAAUAUAUAUGUCUCUUUUACUCUCAUUUUUCUCAUGCAAUUUGGAAUACUCGAAGGGUCGAUUCUUUUUUUUCUGAAUGACAACAGAGGAAUGUCUCAUUCAUUAUGGUUUGGAAUCCAUUUCUCUUUAUUGAAUCUUUCAUUUUUCUUCUUAUCUUAUCCUUUCCUUCGAGUAGAGUGGACCUUCUAUAAGAGAACUCAAAAAAAGAAAAUCGAAAUUGGAUAUUGAUUAAAUUGUAUAUUUAAUACACAUUAAUCAUUUAGAAUAGCUAUAACGAAUCAUUUCUAUAAGUAAUCAUUUCAUUAAUUUAGAACUCGAACAUAAUUCGAAUUAUUUAGAAUUCUAUAAACUAUAUAAAAAUAUUAAUUAAUUUAGAUAAAUAUAUAGUUAUUAUAUAUAACUAUUAAUAUUAGUUAGAAAUACAUAUUCUAUUUUAAUUUGAAUUAGUAGUUCAAAAUGACUAUUCUAAAUUCUAACGAUUAGAAUUUCUAUUUUCUAGAAUGUAGAAUAAGAUUCUAAUCCGAUUAUUCUAUAUUCUAUUUAGUAUUUCGAUUUAGUUCGAUUCUAUUUCGUUAGAUUCGAUUUCAAAUUUUUAUAUAGAUGAUAUAACAGUCAAUUUAAUUAGGUAAUAAAAUAUUAUUGAUAAUAUCAAAAGUAAUAGAAUUGAAUUAGUAAAAAAAAGAAAAAAAAAAAUGUCAUUUGAUGAAUUCAAAAAUGAAAAAGAGAAUCUUAUUUCUUAUUAUCUAAUUAAUAUUAAGUAUUGAUAAACAUAUAAUUGAGAAAUAGAUCAAAAUUCUAUAUCACUAUAUUAAUCCUUAUAUUAAUCCUUAUCUUCGAUAAUAUCCAAUAUUUCUUGGAUAUUCUACUUUUCUAUAUUCAAUUCAUAUGAAUCCAUAUUCAUCAUAUUCAUUAUGAAUAGCUAAUAAUGAAUAGUUCAUAUUAAUAGAAAAGAUCCCAAGAGUUUACUAAAUUCCUAUACAUGUACAAUUUCUACUAUUUUUGAGCCCGCUUAGCUCAGAGGUUAGAGCAUCGCAUUUGUAAUGCGAUGGUCAUCGGUUCGAUUCCGAUAGCCGGCUUUUUUCCCCUUUUUUCAAAGGUCACUUUUUUGUUUUGCUUUUUCUUUUUAUUCAUUUAUCAUUUAAUUUAGUUCAGUUUUAUUUUAGGUUUAUGAAAUUUCAAAAAGAAAGGAGUCUUUAUGUCGCGUUACCGAGGGCCUCGUUUCAAAAAAAUACGCCGUCUUGGGGCUUUACCAGGACUAACUAGUAAAAGGCCUAGAGCCGGAAGCGAUCUUAGAAACCAAUCGCGCUCUGGGAAAAAAUCUCAAUAUCGUAUUCGUUUAGAAGAAAAACAAAAAUUGCGUUUUCAUUAUGGUCUUACAGAACGACAAUUACUUAAAUACGUUCGUAUCGCUGGAAAAGCAAAAGGGUCAACAGGUCAGGUUUUACUACAAUUACUUGAAAUGCGUUUGGAUAACAUCCUUUUCCGAUUGGGUAUGGCUUUGACUAUUCCUCAAGCCCGUCAAUUAGUUAACCAUAGACAUAUUUUAGUUAAUGGCUGUAUAGUCGAUAUACCAAGUUAUCGCUGCAAACCACGAGAUAUUAUUACGGCGAGGGAUGAUCAAAAAUCGAGAGCUAUGAUUCAAAAUUUUCUUGAUUCAUCCCCCCAUGAGGAAAUGCCAAAACAUUUGACUCUUCACCCAUUUCAAUAUAAAGGAUUAGUCAAUCAAAUAAUCGAUAGUAAAUGGAUCGGUUUGAAAAUAAAUGAAUUGCUAGUCGUAGAAUAUUAUUCUCGUCAGACUUAAACCUAACUAAAAUAAGAAGGGUUCGGACAAUUUGACCCUUUUCAGAUAAGUAAAAAUAAAAAUCAGAUAAGUAAAAAUAAAAAAGGACGUAAGAUAAGGGGAUUUUCAGGGGAUUUUUCCAUUAAUGUAUCAUAAUCAGUAGGGAGAUUUCAUCCCUUGCCCGCUCUUUCCAGUAUUUGACGUACCACAGAAAUGAAAUUAGGAAUAUCGAAUCUAUAUCAAAGAAAGUUUGAACUUUUGGAAUCAGGAUAUGCGUUGUUAUUUGAUACAUUGUGGUUAGUAACAUUGGUAAAUUAGUUUUAAGGUACGGAAAGAGAGGGAUUCGAACCCUCGGUAAACAAAAGCCUACAUAGCAGUUCCAAUGCUACGCCUUGAACCACUCGGCCAUCUCUCCUACAUAAUGAUUAUGUCCCAGCAACCGAAUGAAUAGCGAGUCAUUCAUACUCGAUUCUUAGAUAGUUGCGGACAAUCAAUUAGAAAACUAAAAAAAAACUUUUCAUC